AUGAGUGCCAUUUCUCGCCUACUCCGCUGGGCGCCCUGUUUCUGGGCUAUCUCCAAGGUCGCCAACAGCUCGGGCCAAGUUCAGCGCUCCCAGGUGUUCCAUCCGCAGUUCCCCUCCUACGAACGAAACGGUCCGCUGGACGUGCUUCAGUCACUGAGCUUCUCAGCACGCACAGUAGUGCAUAAUGCCCACAUUGCCAGAGCUGCUCCCCCUCCAAGCGUACCUCGAGGUCUAGAGGCCAACGGUAUCAUUGGCAGAAACGUGCUACCGCGAUGGCUCCCGAGCUGGCUGCGCCACAAUAGGCCCGAGGUCCAUAUGGGCUGGCGCUGGGAGAACCCGCCGUUCUCAGUGGUCCUCAAGCUGCACAACCUCUACCAGCGAGCCUCGAGCAGGAUCCUCACCCUGAUCUCUCAGUCGACGAACGCAAGGAUUCCUAGGGAGCUCGAGCAUGCCGUGUUGCUCAGCCUGGUUCGAUCGACCAGGCGGUUUGGCGCGGAUGUAUCGGUCGAGACUCGCCUCGUCUGCAAGCAGUGGGAUCAAGACCUUCGAAGGGCAUACUGGAAGAGGCGCUGGCUCAACAUUCGCCCCACGGUCGCCUCCUGGGGAAAGGUCGGUGAACGUCUGCGUCUGCUCUUCGAACAAGCACCGCUGAUCCACAAAGUCAAGCUCGACAAUGUCCUCACGGAUAUCGUCCCCACACCGUCGGUGCCUGCAGUGCAAAAGUGUCCUGAACUCGGCCGCCUGGCACAGUGUCAAAUCAAAGAGAUCAAGGUGGGAAGGCUGGACAUGCUCAACGAGGUGAUCCUCAAGUGCAUGCUGUCGAGCCAUCAGGGACGCUUGCGUCACUUUGCCUUCCGUGCCAAGGACGCAGUGCUGUUUCGUGCAAGGCGCUCCAUCUUUGCCAAGUCGAACCUGCACAUGCCCAAGCUGCGCAAGAUCACGAUCGAUAUCAGUACCAGUCCGAACGACGACCUUGCUGACGACGUCCACGGUUCAAUGGCGGCACAUCUGGCGGGCGAACUCGCGGGCGGAGGUAGAGAUGCGAAGAGCAAAAAAAUGGAAGUCACCAUCUUCUGCAUGCCGGAUGUCCCCGAUCCUUCGAGGCCAUUCAUCAGCACAGCUCACUUGACUCUGGCGAGGAGCCUGGUCACUUUGGUCAACACGAUCAUGCAAGACCGUCACAUCACGGUGCUUGUAUCAUUCGAAGGCCCUUUGGCAAGCCAGGCACAGUCCACCAUCAGUGACAUCGUCGCCUGGGCAGAAACCAACGAUGUUCGCCUUAUCAACACGCCGGCACCCAACAAUGCUGCUCGAAGCAUCGCUUGA